AUGCAGCACACGCGUCGUUCUCGAUGGCAGUUGCUCGCGGUCGCGGCGCUCGCCUUCAGUCGGACAGUCGCUGUCGAUCGCAGCAAGUUCCGCACGUGUGAAAAGACCCAGUUCUGCAACCAGUACCGCAAUGCACAGUCAAGUCCGACGUUCCAAGUGGUUCAAUCCAGUAUCAGAUCGGACUCAGAUGCUAAUUUAGUACAUUUCCUAGUUGAGGACGUGAGUCAGCCAGAUGGUGUGCGCUUGGACGGGACGUUGGCUUUCGUACUUAGUGCAGACAAGGCGACGCUACCGGCGCUGCGGGUACGUCUGCAGGAAAAGUUCUCGGAUCCAAGGGACCCCAAGACCAGGUGGACUAGCGACGCCAUCUUGGUGCCCGCUGCAGACGAGACACGGCCGUUACGUAGACUGACGGUAGCGGAAGCAGGGCUGAAAGGGCCAAUCAACGAGAAGGACGCGCUGCUCUUUGCUCCAGAGGGACAAGAGUCGAGCCAAAAGCCUUUUGUUGUGGCGGCUUUGAAGUUGGGGAAAGGAUCAUUUGGCGUGGACUUGUAUCUGGAUGGAGAGAAAGUGGUGUCGACCAAUGACGACGGCAAAUUCCACUACGAGAUUCGUCAGGAUCAAUCAGCUGUGAAGGCGGAGGCCGAAGCAGCGGCUGAUCAAGGGGCAGUUGAUGCUCACGAGGGUAAGACGAUUGUUGACUAUGGAGAAGACGGCCUCGCUAUCUACGAAGAUGGCACGGUGCAAAAGAAGGAGGAGAUCUCGACGUCAGCUGCUGAUGACACGAAGGUGGAAGAAGGCUGGGAAGAAUCGUUUGAUGGGCACACGGACAAGAAGAAGUUCGGCCCGAGCUCCAUCGGUCUUGACGUGUCAUUUCAUGGCUCAGCAGAAGCUCCGCGCUCGUUAUACGGUAUUCCAGAGCACGCAACGGAUUUUGUCCUGAAGGACACGAUUGAAGUGAGUGGAGAGGAAGAAGGAGUGAGGAAGGUGGUGACUGACCCGUAUCGGCUAUACAAUUUGGACGUGUUCGAAUACGAGCUGGACAAUCCUAUGGCGCUGUAUGGCGCGAUUCCCGUGCUCGUUGCACCGAACAAGAAAAACACGGUUGGUAUGUUUUGGAACAAUCCAAGCGAGACCUUUGUGGACAUUUGGACGAACGAAGACACACAUACGAAAUCGAGUCACUGGCUCAGCGAGUCGGGUGUCUUUGACCUUUUCCUGCUGGCAGGACCUAGUAGUGCGGAUCUGUUCUCACAGUACACGCUUCUGACGGGUCGGGCUCAGCUGCCACCUCUGUUUGCUCUGGGAUACCACCAGUGCCGCUGGAACUACAAGAACGAGGCGGAUGUGGCCCGUGUGGAUGCUGGUUUCGAUGAGCAUUUGAUCCCGUAUGACGUGCUGUGGCUAGACAUCGAGCACACGGAUGGUAAACGUUACUUUACUUGGGACGAGCAUGCGUUUCCAACGCCAAAGAACAUGCAGAAGGCGGUGGCGCGUACUGGUCGCAAAAUAGUUACUAUCGUUGACCCGCACAUCAAGGUGAGUCAGCCCGGCGACAAGCAUCCGUACUACAUUCACACAGAGGCUGAGGAGCUUGGUCUCUUCGUGAAAGAUGAGCAAGGCAACGACUUCAAGGGUUGGUGCUGGCCGGGUGAGUCCUCGUACGUUGACUUUACGUCACCAAAGGCACGUGCUUGGUGGCGUCACCAAUUCCGCUACGAGAACUACGAAGGCAGUACCGAGCACUUGUAUACAUGGAAUGACAUGAACGAGCCGUCGGUCUUCAACGGCCCCGAAGUGUCGAUGCGCAAGGGCUGCAAAAGUAUUGCGGGCGUUGAGCACCGCGAAUGGCACAACUUGUACGGCACCCUCUUCCAAUGGUCGACAAUGGAGGGUCAGCUCGUUCGCCAGCAGCCUCCUCCGGAGCCACUUUCGGCAUUUGCGGAGGAGCUACAACUAUCGCCGGACAUGCAACGUCCUUUUGUGCUGUCUCGUGCGUUUUCGGCUGGCUCACAGCGUUUUGGUGCAGUCUGGACGGGUGACAACAUGGCUGAGUGGGGUCACCUUCGUUAUGCCACCAAGAUGUUGCUGUCGAUGUCAGUUGCAGGACUCACGUUCGUCGGCGCUGAUGUCGGCGGAUUUUUUGGCGACCCGUCCACGGAGCUGCUCACGCGAUGGAACCAGGCUGCAACGUACCAGCCGUUUUUUCGCGGUCACGCGCACCACGAUUCAGCCCGUCGUGAGCCGUGGGUGUUUGGUGAACCGACGACGUCUCGUGUUCGCGCUGCGAUUCGUGAACGUUACUCGCUGCUACCGUACAUCUACACACUUUUCCACGCGUGCUACGCUCGCGGAAUGCCUGUCAUGCGACCGCUGUGGGUGCACUUUACAGAGGACCCACAAAGCUUCAGUGAAGAAGACCAGUUCCUGCUAGGCGACGUGUUGCUUGUGAAACCUAUCGUGGACGAGGGCGUGGAGGCGACGCACGUGUUCUUGCCGUCGGACAACAGUGAGGACAAGACGGUGUGGUACCAGGCGACCGACGGAUACAAGCGUUUUGUCGGUGGAAAGACGUACGAGAAUGUGCCUGCGCCGCUCGACGCCAUUCCAGUGUUCCACCGCGGCGGCACUAUUUUGCCACGCAAGCAGCGCGUUCGUCGCAGCUCUGAGCUUAUGCGCGGCGAUCCGCUCACGCUUGUAGUGGCGUUGGACCAGCAUUUCAUGGCUCGUGGCAAGCUAUACGUGGACGACGAACGGACGUUUGCCGCUGAGCUUGUUGGUGAGGGCACACUGGUGUCGUUCCAGCAGACACGGGAUGGAUUGCGCUCAACGGCGGGAGCUGCUUCGUCACAAGGCAAGCGCUACAUGUCACAAAUGUGGGUGGAGCGUAUCGAGGUAUACGGUUUCCAACUCGAGGCCAAUCUGCCGAAGCAAGUGCUGGUGAAGGGUGGGCGUGCUGUGGACUUCAAGUACGAUGCUGCGAGCGACCGGCUUGUGCUACGCAAGCCGCAAGUGCUGGUCACAGACGAUUGGGAGAUCCGCUUUGUGUACGAUCAGGCGAUCGAGUAA